AUGUCCGCCGAACAGGCCCCGUCGACCUCGACCGUCCCCCCGCACCCGGAGCAGGCCGCCAGUGGGGACGCCGCACCUGAGGUCAAGCCCAUCGCCGCGCCGGAGCACGCGCAGAUCGUCACGCCCUGGGAUGUCCAGGGCUCCGUCACCGCCGACGGCAAGCAGGCCGCGAUUGACUACGACAAGCUCGUGGACCAGUUCGGGACGCGGCGCAUCGACGACGCGCUCCUCGCGCGCUUCGAGCGGCUCACUGGCCACAAGCCGCACAUCUUCCUCCGCCGCGGCAUGUUCUUCUCCCAUCGCGACUUCGACAGGAUCCUGGACCGGUACGAGCAGGGCAAGCCGUUCUUCCUCUACACCGGGCGGGGCCCGAGCUCGGACAGCAUGCACCUGGGCCACAUGAUCCCCUUCAUGUUCACCAAGUGGCUGCAGGAGGUGUUCGACGUGCCGCUGGUGGUGCAGCUGACGGACGACGAGAAGUUCCUGUUCAAGCACGAGCUCAAGCCGGAGCAGACGUACGGGUUCGCGAAGAAGAACGCGCAGGACAUCAUCGCCGUCGGCUUCAAGCUCGAGCGGACGUUCAUCUUCUCGGACUACGACUUUGUCGGCGGCGCGUUCUACCGCAACGUCACCAAGAUCUCGCGCGCCAUCACCAUCAACCAGGCGAAGGCGACGUUCGGCUUCAACGACUCUGACAACGUCGGCAAGAUCCACUUCGUCGCGAUUCAAGCCGCGCCCUCGUUCUCGAACUCGUUCCCCCAGAUCUUCGGCACCACGUCCGACAUCCCGUGCCUCAUCCCCGCGGCGAUCGACCAGGACCCGUACUUCCGGCUGACGCGCGACGUCGCGACGAAGCUCAAGUACCCGAAGCCUACGCUCCUGCACGCCAAGUUCUUCCCCGCGCUCCAGGGCCCGCAGACGAAGAUGAGCGCGUCGGACCCGAACUCGAGCAUCUUCAUGACGGACACCGCGUCCCAGAUCAAGAACAAGAUCACGAAGCACGGCUUCUCGGGCGGCCAGGAGUCGCUCGAGGAGCAUCGCCGGCUCGGCGGGAACCCGGACGUCGACGUCGCGUACCAGUACCUCGGGUUCUUCAUGGAGGACGACGAGGAGUGGAAGAAGUUGGGCGAGGACUACCGGAAAGGAGAGCUGCUCACGGGCGAGCUCAAGGGCAAGUGCAUCAAGGUCUUGCAGGACUUUGUCAAGGAGUUCCAGGAGUCGAGGGCCAAGAUCACGGAGGAGCAGAUCAGGGCCUUCAUGGACGGCAGCCGACAAAUCAUCCCCCACUUCGGCAGGAGUGCCGCGGCCGCGGCACCUGCAGCAUGA